AUGUCUGAUGGUAGUGACCCCAAGAAAAGGAAGAGAAUUGCACUCAUUGUGGUCUCUUCGUUCGUCCUGGUCGUGAUUGGUGCCGCUGCGACCAUCGGCGUGUACACAACGAGCGACUCCAGGGCGUCGAAAGCCAGCGAGAAAACCAGCGAGAUCUCGGCCUCGAUCAAAGCCAUCGAGGGGAUAUGCCAACCGACCGAUUACAAAGAAGCGUGCGUGCGGAGCCUCAAAGAGGCUGGCGCGAACACCACCGACCCCAAGGAGCUCAUAAAAGCCAGCUUUAAAGCCGCGAUGAACCACAUCGCCGAGGCUGUGAAGAAAUCGACCGUGCUGAAAGAGCUGGAGAAGGCCCCGAGAGCGCAGCAAGCCCUAAAAAAUUGCAAGGAGUUGAUGGAGUACGCAAUCGAUGACCUUGAGCGCUCGUUUGAUGAAUUGGGCAAGCUCGAGUAUAGCAAGCUGGACGACGCGUUGGCCGACUUGAAAGUCUGGCUCAGCGCCGCGGUCACCUACCAAGAGACAUGCUUGGACGGAUUCCAGAACACCACGGGCAACGCGGGCCACAAGAUGAGGGAGAUAUUGAAGAGCUCCACCCAAUUGACCAGCAAUAUACUUGCCAUGGUCGAUGAGAUCUCCUUGGCCCUAGCUAAGAUGAACCUCCCAAACUUUAAACGCAAGCUCCUAUCGGACGGCAACAACGUGAUUGGACACGGCGACGACUUCUCGAUUUGGCCUCCAAUGCUGCUGGGGAAGCGCAAGCUUCUCAGCAAGAGAGUGGCUGAUCUGAAGCCGAAUCUUGUGGUUGCCAAGGAUGGGAGUGGGAGAUUCAGGACCAUAAAUGAAGCCCUAAAGCAUAUUCCAUUGAAGAGCAACAAGACCUUUGUGCUCUACAUCAAGGCUGGGGUUUAUAAGGAGCAGGUAGUGUUCGACAAGAAGAUGACCAAUCUCAUGGUGGUCGGUGACGGCCCGACCAAGACCCGGAUCAGCUUCGACAAGAACUAUGUCGAUGGCACGACCACAUUCAGAACUGCUACAGUUUCUGUCUUUGGAGACCACUUCACGGCGAGGGACAUCGGGUUCGAGAACACCGCGGGAGCCAUAAAGCACCAGGCCGUGGCGCUGAUGGUUCAAUCCGACAUGUCCAUCUUCCACAACUGCCACAUGGAUGGCCACCAGGACACGCUCUACGUGCACACCAAGCGCCAGUUCUACCGCGACUGCACCAUCACCGGUACGAUUGACUUCGUCUUUGGGGACGCGGCCGCAGUCUUCCAGAACUGCAAGAUGCUCGUUCGGAAGCCGCUGGACAACCAGCAGUGCAUCGUGACUGCUCAGGGGAGGAAGGAGCGGCGCCAGGCAUCAGCGCUCAUCCUCCAGAACUGCGCCAUUGCUGCCCACUCCUCGUAUACACCCUUCAAGGGGCAGAUACGCUCGUACCUCGGGAGGCCAUGGAAGGUUUACUCGAGGACGAUAAUCAUGGAGUCGUACAUAGACGACAUAAUCCAGCCCGAGGGGUGGUUGCCUUGGCUCGGCGAUUUCGGUCUCAACACUUGCUUCUACACCGAGUACAAGAACCGAGGACCCGGCGCGAGCACCACCAGACGUGUGAAGUGGAAGGGCAUCAAGACGAUCACGCCGCAGCAUGCCACGGACUUCACGGCGGGGCGAUUCAUGAAGGGCGACAGGUGGAUCCGCACGGCCGGAGUACCGUACGUUCCUGGAAUGAUGAAUGCUUGA